AUGCCUCGAUUAUUACUCAAUGGCAACUUCGAGUAUGGCCCAAAACCAUCGCAAAUGCAAGGUGCCAAAGUGGGGGAUCCGCAUGCAAUACCCAAUUGGGAAAUCUCAGGUGUUGUCGAGUACCUAAAAUCCGGUCAAACACGAGGGGACAUGCUGCUAAUAGUACCGGAAGGAUCCUGUGCCGUUAGGCUGGGAAACGAGGCAGCAAUAAGACAGCGGGUUCAAGUGAGAAAUAAAUUAUUCUAUUCACUUACGUUCACUGUUGCUCGGACCUGUGUCCAAGCGGAGUGGUUAAACGUAUCGGUAUCGCCAAGUUCAGAGCCGAAAGAUUGGGGAAUGUUACUGGUGAAGACUACGUACGGUUACAAUGGAUGGGACACUUAUUCAUGGGGGUUCUUGGCGGAAUCGGACGAAAUAGAGAUUGUGAUCCAUAAUCCAGGUGUGGAGGAGGACUCAGCUUGUGGCCUUCUUAUUGAUUCAGUUGCUUUGAAGGCUUUGUAUACACCUAAACGAACAAGAGACAAUAUGUUGAAAAAUGGAGAUUUGGAAGAGGGUCCAUAUGUGUUCCCAAACACCUCAUGCGGUGUCCUAAUACCUCCCAACAUUGAAGACGAUCACUCUCCAUUACCCGGUUGGAUGGUUGAGUCCCUUAAAGCCGUUAAGUACAUAGACUCUGACCACUUUUUCGUGCCCGGGGGCAAACGAGCGGUAGAACUGGUGGCUAGAAAAGAGAGUGCCCUUGCACAAGUGGUUCAUACUACACCAGGCAAGGACUAUGCCCUCACGUUCACGGUGGGCGACGCUAAUGAUUUGUGUGAAGGGUCCAUGGUGGUAGAGGCAUUCGCAGGCGGGGUUACUCUUCCGGUCCCUUAUGAAUCCAAGGGCAAAGGUGGAUUCAAGCGUGCCAUCCUUCGGUUCAAAGCAGUUUUACCACGCACACGGGUCAGGUUCUUGAGCACAUUUUAUCACAUGAAAAGUGACCAUUCGGGUUGUCUAUGUGGUCCGGUGAUAGAUGAUGUCAAAUUGCUUGGUAUUCGUCAUCCAUGGCAUGCAUAA